CCACACCAACAUUUCUCCAUGGCUAUUCCUCUGAUCUAGCACACAAAAUCAUGCCUUCUUCAAUUUCCGGCAAAAACACCCUUUUUUCUCUGUUAUGCUGCCUGCUGUUCCUCUGUUUUUCCGGCAAUGUGGUCACCGGAACCACCUCCUUUGAUUUCCAAACACUUGCCCUCAGCAACUUGAAGUUCUUGGGCGAUGCCCAUUUGUUCAACAACAGUGUCAGACUCACUCGGGAUCUCCUUGUCCCCAACUCCGGCGCCGGCAGGGUUUUAUACAACAAACCCAUCAGAUUCCGGCAACCUGGGAACCCAACUCCGGCGAGUUUCAAUACAUACUUUUCGUUUUCGAUUGCUAAUUUAAACCCGGAUUCGAUUGGAGGUGGAAUGGCUUUUAUCAUAUCGCCCAACGAUGAAGCGGUUGGAGAUGCUGGUGGAUAUCUGGGUAUUCCCACCGGUGCCGUUGCUGUUGAAUUUGAUACUCUAAUGGACUUCGAAUUCAAAGAUAUUAAUGGGAACCAUGUGGGUUUGGAUCUGGGUUCUAUGGUUUCUUCUCAAGUUGCCGAUUUGGACUCCGUCAACGUUAAUUUACGAAGUGGCGAUGUGGUCAACUCGUGGAUCGAUUAUGCCGGUUCAACUCAGCAACUCAACAUCUCUAUCUCAUACAGCAACACAAAACCCAAGUCACCCAUCUUAUCAAUCACCAUGAAUCUCAAUCAAUACGUGGACGACUUUAUGUUUGUCGGGUUUUCCGGGUCAACUCAGGGAAGUACUGAAGUUCACUCACUUGAAUGGUGGAGUUUCAGCUCAUCUUUUGAUGACCCAGAUACAAAACCCGGUCCAAACUCACCACCACCAACCACCACCUUCAUGAAUCCCACCGCUAACACGGUGAACUCAUCACAGCCGUCCACGUCGCCAACAGAAUCAAACUCAACCAAUCCAACGGCCCAUACAACACAAAAACAGAGCAAAUGCCAUAACCAAUUAUGCAAGCAAGGUGCAGGGGCCGUGGCGGGUGUGGUGACAGCAGGUGCAUUCUUCUUAGCAUUAUGUGCAAUCUUGCUUAUAUGGGUUUACUCCAAGAAAUUCAAAAAAUCCAAAAAACCAGAGCUUUUUGCUACUGAUAUCUUCAAAACCCCUAAAGAAUUCUCAUACAAAGAGCUUAGGUUAGCAACAAAUUGCUUUGACCCGACCCGGGUGAUCGGGAAUGGAGCAUUUGGGACCGUUUAUAAAGGGAUAUUGUCAGACUCAGGGGAUGUUGUGGCUGUGAAGAGGUGUAGUCACAGUGAUGAUCAAGGAAAAGCCGAGUUUUUAUCGGAGUUAUCUAUCAUUGGAACACUUAGGCAUCGGAAUCUUCUGAGAUUACAAGGUUGGUGUCAUGAAAAAGGUGAGAUUAUGCUUGUUUACGACUUAAUGCCAAAUGGGUCACUUGAUAAAGCACUUUUCGAAUCAAGGUUCACAUUACCAUGGGCUCAUAGAAGAAAGAUUUUGAUGGGAGUGGCCUCAGCUUUAGCUUAUUUGCAUCAAGAAUGUGAGAACCAAGUGAUUCAUAGAGAUGUCAAAGCUAGUAACAUUAUGUUGGAUGAAGCAUUCAAUGCUAAAUUGGGCGAUUUUGGUUUGGCCCGAGAAAUUGAGCAAAAUAAGUCGCCGGACCCCACUGUGGCCGCCGGGACAAUGGGGUACUUGGCGCCGGAGUAUCUAUUAACCGGCCGGGCAAGUGAAAAGACGGAUGUUUAUAGCUUUGGUGCGGUGGUGCUAGAGGUGGCUAGUGGCCGUCGGCCUAUCGAGAAGGAGGCGACUGGGGUGGGGAUUAAUGGACAGAAAAGCAGUUUGGUAGAUUGGGCAUGGGGUUUGCACCGGGAAGGGCGGUUGUUGGACGUGGCCGAUCCACGGUUGUGCGGGGAGUUUGAGGACGCGGAGAUGAGGAAGGUGUUGUUAGUUGGGUUGGUAUGUUCGCACCCGGACCCAGCGGUUCGGCCCACAAUGCGGAAUGUGGUUCAGAUGCUUGUGGGUGAGGCUGUGGUGCCUGUGGUUCCAAGGGUUAAACCCUCAUUAAGCUUUAGCACAUCAGAUUUGCUAUUGAAUUUGCAAGAUAGUGUGUCUGAUAUGAAUGAGAUGAUCAUAACCCUCUCCACCUCUUCCUCAUCAGAACACAGCUUCCAUGGUGAUCAUGGGUUGGAGCUGGCUUGACCCGACCCGACCCAGAGAAUUGUGACCCAUGUGGGUCUUACAAAUUUUGUUUUUAUUCCAACUCUACAGAGUGUAUUUACUUGAUUUGUUGAUUUUUAGGAUGUGACGCAACCACACAAUAAUGACAACAUGGAGGGAAGUAUAGGGGGGAGUGAGUCAUUUUUGGAAGUUAGUGGGGCCUCAUCAUAACUUGUUGCACUUUGGAUAUAGACAAAGUGUGGAGGUCAUUUUCAUGGAAAAUUUGUAGGAAGAUGGUUUGUGAAGGAACCCAAAAGGUCAAAAAGUAAGAACAGUAUGGGAGUUUGAUU